AUGGUUCUACAACUGCACGUGUGGGGUCCAGCCUUCUCCCUGCCUUCAAUUGACGCACAAUGUCUUGCAAUCAUUGCAUACUGCUCCGAGGUCCUUCCUAAGGGCUCUUGGGAGCUUGUCGCGACCAGCGAUCCCUCCGUCUCUCCUACCGGUGAACUCCCUGCUCUCCAGAAUGGAGAAGUGUGGGUGAGCCGGUUCCGCAAUAUCGUCGACUACCUCCGCCAAUAUUCCGAGGGAGCAUGGUACUUGGAUCAAAACUUGGAUGAGGUCCAACAGGCCGACAGCGUGGCAUUCUCCUCCUUCGUCGAAUCCCGUGGCCAAUGCCUCAUCGACCUCUACCUUUACGUCACAAGCCAAAACUACUACGCAAACACAUCUCCUGCCUACGGCGCUCUUCUCCAAUGGCCAAACCAAUGGAUCCUCCCCCCAAAGCUUCACACCGCUGCGAAGUCGCGAACAGAGCACCUGGGACUCUCCUCUCUAGACCUUCAAGCAAUGGAGGACCAGCGCCAGCGCGACCACUCUGCCGCCGUGGCCUCCGGCCAAAUCCCCAAGAACCUUAUCCAACAGCCCAAAGACACAGUCUCCAAAAUGCUCGGCCGAACAUCACAAUCAAAUCAUUUCCGCCUUGAAGCUCUCACAGCCGACUUCUUCGACCCCCUCGAAGCAAUGCUCUCCACCAAAUCCUGUCUCCUCCCCGCAGACUCAAACAACUCCCUCUCCUCGCUCGACUGCGUCGCAUCCGCAUACCUAUCUCUGGCCCUCAUUCCAGACCUGGCUUUCCCGUGGCUGCGCGACGCAAUGCGCUCAAAGGCCCCGCUCUUGACCGCGUACACGGAGCGCAUGCGCUCUCGCGCUUUCGGUGCCGCAGAUGUUAGUCAUGCCUUUGUGCCGGUGACGGAGUCGCUGCCGUGGCGCGCGCCAGACCGUCUCUCGGUUGCGACGGUUGGAAGUACACUUCUCAAUACGCUUGCGGAUAACACGCCUAUUCUGAAGGAGGUUAGAGCCAACAGGCGGUUGAAGCAGGCUAUUCAGUCGGAUGAGGAUUUUAGCCCGGUUCAGAAGCAGGGGCUUUCGCUUUACGCCGAUUCUAAGAGUAAGGAUAUGUUGGUCUCGAUUGCUGCGGUUGUGGCGGGCAGUGCUGCUUUGGUUGGAUACAUGGUUCACGUCGGGUUGCUUUCUUUCUCUCGGGAAGCCGAGGAAGAAGAGGAGGAGGAGGAAGUAUAUGAGCCUGAGCAGGUUCUUCAUAUGCCUGCGUCUGAAAUCUUAGGGUUGAACCUUGGCUAA